AUGCUCGGAGUCGUGGAGAUACUGACCUUCUUGUACUUCUACUUGCUGUUUCUUUACUGCAUUGAGCGUUUGCAAGGGCAGUUCUUCAACACCUGCGUCCUCUACAUCAACACUACCAAGAACCUCCAGGGCCAGUACUGCGCCGUAUACUCCGAGACCUGGUCUUCCAAAUACGCCACCAACGCUGGGCAAUACCGUGGAAACGACUACUUCCUGUUCGAGUACAGCUACGCCUACAGCAACUUGGCCAACGCAGGCGUCCCCAGCGUCAACGCCGCCGCCCACCAGGCUUCCGUUGACAUCUCGUACGCCACUCUGCAGCCUUUCUGCACUUCAUACCUCGCCACCCCAUCCGUAACCAUCGCCUCCACCCCGGCUGUCCUUACAAAAUACCCGGCUACCGUCCUGUCCUCGGCUUGCAGCAUGCAGAUUACUCCGGCGCCAACCCCGGCUUAG